CGGCGGAGGCGGAGGGCUGGCGGGCGGCCGCGGAGGCCGCGAUCGGGGAGCGCCGCGUGGAGGUGCCACAGCGCGCGGGCGACGGCGGCGGGACGGACCGGAGCCCUGUGCGCUGAGGGAGCCAGCGUCCCUGGGACUGAGGCCCAAGGGCGCAGCGGCGGCGGCGGCUGCAGCGCCAGGACGAUGGCAGCGCCCGCGGGAGCCACGGCAGCGAUGGCAGCCUCUGACCGCAGGCGCGGGUGGUGGUCGGUGCUGGCGGCGGCGCUCGGGCUCUUGACAGCUGGAGUAUCAGGCUUGGAGGUGUACACACCAAAAGAGAUCUUCGUGGCAAAUGGGACACAAGGGAAGCUCACCUGCAAGUUCAAGUCGACCAACACAACAGGCGGGUUGACCUCAGUAUCCUGGAGCUUCCAGCCAGAAGGGGCUGAAACCACUGUGUCGUUUUUCCACUACUCUCAAGGACAAGUAUACCUGGGGAAUUAUCCACCAUUUAAAGACAGAAUCAGCUGGGCUGGAGACCUGGAUAAGAAAGAUGCGUCAAUUAACAUAGAAAAUAUGCAGUUUAUACACAACGGCACCUAUAUCUGUGAUGUCAAAAACCCUCCUGACAUUGUGGUCCAGCCUGGGCACAUACGGCUCUAUGUCAUAGAAAAAGAGAACUUGCCCGAGUUUCCCGUUUGGGUGGUGGUGGGUAUAGUCACUGCUGUGGUCCUAGGUCUCAUUCUGCUCAUCAGCAUGGUUCUGGCUGUCCUCUACAGAAGAAAAAACUCGAAACGAGACUACACCGGCUGCAGUACAUCAGAGAGUCUGUCACCGGUUAAGCAGGCUCCACGGAAGUCCCCCUCCGACACAGAGGGCCUGGUAAAGAGCCUGCCUUCUGGAUCACACCAGGGCCCAGUCAUAUACGCACAGUUAGACCACUCGGGUGGACGUCACAGUGACAGGAUCAACAAGUCGGAGUCCGUGGUCUAUGCAGACAUCCGGAAAAACUAAGAGAAAACCGCCCAGAACGCAUGCAAAGCAAGAAACGAACCCGUCCUGGACUCUGGUUAAUCACGUGUGGCCUUGGGACCCAGGCAAGGACAAGCACAUGUGUGCUCCUAGUGGAGAAAAAGAUGUAUAUAAAAGAAUCUGUAUAAAUAUGCUAUUUAAUCUUCC